CAUCUGAAGAGGCCUCGCUACGGGCUUUGGAGAGUCUAAUGACAGAGUUUUUCCACAAUUGCACAACGAAUGAGCGGAAACGCGAGAUAGAGGAGCUUUUAAAUAACUUUGCCCAGCAGAUAGGAGCCUGGAGAUUCUGCCUCUAUUUCCUGUCAAGUACAAGAAAUGACUAUGUAAUGAUGUACAGUUUGACUGUGUUUGAGAACCUAAUCAAUAAGAUGUGGCUUGGGGUCCCCUCUCAAGACAAAAUGGAGAUCCGCAGCUGCCUGCCCAAGCUCCUUCUAGCUCACCAUAAAACUCUGCCUUACUUCAUCAGGAACAAACUCUGCAAAGUCAUUGUGGAUAUUGGCCGGCAAGACUGGCCAAUGUUCUACCAUGACUUUUUCACUAACAUCUUGCAGUUAAUUCAGUCUCCUGUGACCACUCCUUUGGGACUGAUCAUGUUGAAAACUACUUCGGAAGAGCUGGCAUGUCCGCGGGAAGAUCUUAGUGUAGCCCGCAAAGAAGAGCUGCGCAAGCUUCUCCUAGACCAGGUGCAAACAGUGCUUGGGCUCCUCACAGGUAUUUUGGAGAGCAUCUGGGACAAGCACAGCGUUACUGCUGCCACUCCACCACCAUCCCCGACGUCAGGAGACAGUGGUGACCUGUUAAGUAGCCUGUUGCAGAGUCCCAGUGUGGCCAAAUUACUGAACCAGCCAAUCCCCAUCCUGGAUACAGAAAGUGAAUAUAUAUGUGCCCUGGCACUGGAGUGCCUGGCACACCUCUUCAGCUGGAUCCCCUUGUCUACUAGCAUCACCCCGUCCCUCCUCACCACCAUUUUCCACUUUGCUCGCUUUGGCUGCGACACCCGCAUUCGGAAGAUGUCUUCUGUCAACGGCAGCAGCCAGAACUCAGUGUUGGGACAGGAGCGUGGCCGACUUGGCAUCUUGGCUAUGUCUUGCAUCAAUGAACUGAUGUCUAAGAACUGCGUGCCUAUGGAGUUUGAAGAGUAUUUGCUGCGGAUGUUCCAGCAGACUUUCUACCUCCUGCAGAAGAUUACCAAGGAGAACAACGCCCAUAUGGUGAAGAGCCGGCUAGAGGAACUGGAUGAAAGCUACAUUGAGAAGUUUACGGACUUUCUCCGUCUCUUUGUGAGCGUCCACCUGCGAAGAAUUGAAUCCUACUCCCAGUUCCCAGUGGUUGAAUUUCUGGCACUGUUGUUCAAAUACACUUUUCAUCAGGUACAGCCUGCAACGUUAUUUUUUUCCUCUCUGACUAGCAAAAUUAAAAGUCGUCUGGCAGACAAAGAAGCAGUACUCAACAGGUACGAAGACGCGUUGGUUCUGUUGCUGACAGAGGUGUUGAAUCGGAUCCAGUUCAGGUAUAACCAGGCACAGCUGGAGGAGCUGGAUGACGAGACACUGGAUGAUGAUCAGCAGACCGAGUGGCAGCGGUACUUGCGCCAGAGCUUGGAAGUGGUUGCGAAAGUCAUGGAGCUCUUGCCAACUCAUGCCUUCUCCACACUAUUUCCAGUUCUACAGGAUAACUUGGAAGUGUAUCUGGGACUCCAGCAGUUUGUGGUCACUUCAGGGACAGGUCACAGGCUGAACAUCACUGCGGAGAACGAUUGCCGCCGGUUGCACUGCUCCUUGAGGGACCUGAGCUCCUUGCUGCAGGCCGUUGGCCGUUUAGCAGAAUACUUCAUAGGGGAUGUGUUUGCUGCCAGGUUCAAUGAUGCUCUUACAGUGGUGGAGAGGUUGGUAAAAGUAACGCUAUACGGAUCCCAGAUUAAACUGUACAACAUCGAAACUGCAGUACCGUCUGUAUUGAAACCUGACCUUAUCGAUGUCCACGCUCAGUCCCUGGCAGCGCUGCAAGCCUACGCGCACUGGCUCGCACAGUUCUACAGCGAAGUUCACCGGCAGAACCCGGAGCAGUUCAUCUCUCUUGUCUCCACUGCUCUGGAGGCUAUCACACCCCUCAUCAGCUCUAAGGUGCAGGAGAAGCUGCUACUGUCUGCAUGCCACCUGCUUGUCUCUUUAGCCACCACCGUGCGACCAGUGUUCUUGAUCAGCAUCCCAGCAGUACAGAAAGUGUUCAACAGGAUCACGGACACUUCCACGCAGCGGCUUCCUGAUAAGGCCCAGGUGCUGGUGUGCAGAGCGCUGUCGAAUGUGUUGUUGCUGCCCUGGCCAAAUCUUCCGGAGAGCGAACAGCAGUGGGCAGUUCGCUCCACCAACCACGCCAGCCUGAUCUCUGCCCUCACGAGAGAGUACCGCCAGCUGAAAUCCAGCGCGAUCUUGCCACAGAGGAAGGUGCAGCUGGAGGACACCAAAGUGAUCAUCCACCAGACACUCAGCGUUUUAGAAGAUAUUGUAGAAAGUAUCUCUGGAGAAUCCACCAAGUCUCGACAGAUCUGUUAUCAGUCGCUGCAAGAAUCCGUGCAGGUCUCACUAGCCCUCUUCCCAGCUUUCAUUCAUCAGUCAGAUGUGACAGAUGAGAUGCUGAGCUUCUUCCUCACUCUGUUUCAAGGACUGAGGGUGCAGAUGGGAGUGCCUUUCACUGAGCAGAUCAUCCAGACCUUCCUAAACAUGUUCACCAGGGAGCAGUUGGCAGAGAGCAUCCUCCAUGAGGGCAGCACGGGCUGUCGGGUGGUGGAGAAGUUUCUGAAGAUACUGCAGGUGGUGGUACAAGAGCCAGGCCAAGUAUUCAAGCCUUUUCUACCCAGUGUCAUCUCACUGUGCAUGGAGCAGGUCUACCCCAUCAUUGCAGAGCGCUCAUCUCCUGAUGUGAAAGCAGAGUUGUUCGAGCUGCUUUUCCGGAUCCUUCACCAUAACUGGCGGUACUUCUUCAAAUCUAGUGUGUUGGCUAGCGUCCAAAGAGGAGUAGCAGAAGAGCAGAUGGAGAACGAAGCGCAGUUCAGUGCCAUUAUGCAGGCGUUUGGCCAGUCCUUCCUGCAACCUGACAUUCACCUGUUCAAGCAGAAUCUCUUCUACUUGGAGACGCUGAACACCAAGCAGAAGCUGUACCACAAGAAGAUCUUCCGGACAACCAUGCUGUUCCAGUUUGUGAAUGUGCUGCUCCAGGUGCUUGUCCACAAGUCGCAUGACCUGUUGCAGGAGGAGAUCGGCAUCGCCACCUACAAUAUGGCUUCAGUGGACUUUGAUGGCUUCUACUCAGCCUUUCUCCCCGAGUUCCUGGCCAGUUGUGAUGGUGUGGACUCGAACCAGAAAAACGUGCUGGGAAGGAAUUUCAAAAUGGACAGGGAUCUGCCAUCGUUUACCCAGAACGUGCACAGACUGGUGAAUGACCUGCGUUACUACAGACUCUGCAAUGACAGUUUGCCCCCUGGAACUGUGAAACUGCAGUUGCUG